AUAUCGUGCGUGCUGACGUCAUGACGCAGCACUAGGGUUUUCUCCUGUAAGAGCCGCCUCACAUUCUUCGGCUUGUCGACGCCUCGGACACACCUCAGCCAACACAACCAUGUCUGACAUGUCGGAAGAUCAAGUCCUUGAGUUCAAGGAGGCAUUCCUGCUGUUCGACAAGACAGGGGAUGGGAAGAUCAGUUACAGCCAGUGUGGGGAUGUCAUGCGUGCCCUGGGACAGAAUCCUGUCAACGCUGAGGUGCUCAAGGUCCUGGGCAACCCCAAGGCUGAGGAGAUGAACUCUAAGAUGCUAGACUUCGAGCAGUUCCUGCCCAUGUUCCAGGCCAUCGCUAAGAAUAAAGAUCAGGGCUCCAUGGAGGAUUUUGUGGAGGGACUGCGUGUCUUUGACAAGGAGGGCAACGGCACAGUAAUGGGGGCAGAGCUUCGUCACGUCCUCACCACGUUAGGUGAGAAAAUGUCAGAAGAGGAAGUGGAGACGCUCUUGGCGGGACACGAGGAUGCAAAUGGCUGCAUCAAUUAUGAAGCAUUUGUCCGCCACAUCAUGUCAGGCUGAGGGCCGAACUGGUCAGGAUGGUCAUGAACGGGUGAAGAUGAAGAGCAUCACACUUGUGUUUUUUUUUUUUUUUUACCCUGUCACAUGUACCCCCUUUUUGCAGUUAGCUUCUACCCGAGUCUUUUCCAUGGAUUAGUUUUCCACAUUUAAUUUAAGAAGUGCCUUUACAUUCCCUACAGAAGACCACAAAUGACCCUGGCGUAUUGCUGCCAGGUCCAUUCACAUAUCUGACCAACUUUGUAUGCAUUCAGGAGUCUUUGUGCUUGCAUUGUUUGCAAUAACAUUCCAAGAUGCAGCAUUUAAAGACAACAUAAAUUGAUAAUGAUAUACUGUAACUAUUGAUACUAGUGUGUCAGUGUUGGAUGGGACAUUAAUAUAUAUCUAUAUAUAUAUACGUAAUAACUGUCAGCGACCUACUGUAUUUUUGGCUGAGACUUGCUUUGUCUGAGGAUCAUGUUCCUCCGAUUCUGCAGUUAAACCGGUAUCUUCAAAGCCAUAGUAUCAUGAGGUAGAAAGAGACAUUUCAUAUGGGUUCCCAUGUUUUUAAUUCACCCAAAUUCUGUUGCUGCGUUUAAAUAAAUGUUUUUUCCUGAAAACUUA